ACGUGUAAGGUGUGUAUUUUUAUGAGUCAGUAUAAACCUAACCUUUGAACUAACGAGAAGCGUUUGUGUUAUCGUGUUAUUCGCAUAAAACGGGAUGGCUUGUGAAGCGUGUAAUACAAAGUUCAGUUUUUUCACACGCAAGAAACAAUGUUCGGAUUGUUUGAGGUAUUUUUGUUCCGAAUGUGUGAUCAAACGGAUGAACAAGAUUCUAAGUUGUGACAGCUGCAGUUUGUUGUCACGAAGACCUCUGAUAAGAAGUCAAAUUAUGGAAAUGCGAUCUAAAGAUUUACGACAAUAUCUUUUGGGAAAGAAGGUAUCCAUCAAAGGAUGUAUCGAAAAAGAAGAUUUAAUAGAAUUAGUGAUAAUAUUUGCUAACGGUACUAGCAAUUACAAAAACGCAGAAAAUAGGAGUUCUACUUCCAGUCGGAUGGCAAACGAAAAAGAUGAACGGACUCGUGAAUUUUGUAGUCAGUCACAUGAACCUUCUGCUAGAGAGCACAGUCAAGAACAUGAACCUUCUGCUCAAGAAUGUGAAACUAGUAGCAUGAGAAAUGAUCCCACUGAAAUUAUAGAGGUUCCAGAAAGUACUCCUGCUUCAGGGGAGAUAUCAGAGCCUGUAAUUUCGGAAGUGGAUGACACUUCAGACAUUUUCAGUACACACAAUUCCGACGCGAUAACAAAUAUUCCUAUGUGGCCAGAUAAUGUAAAAUUAUCAGAUUUAAACGAUUUAUCGGAUUUGGAAUAUUUAACUGUGAAGCAAUUAAAAAAUUUAUUAAGUAUAAAUCGCGUAGAUUACAAAGGUUGCAUAGAAAGAUGUGAAUUAUUGGAUAGAGCCUCUAGAUUAUGGCAAGAACAUAAACAAUCGAAAGAUGAUGUAAAAAUAAUGGACGAAAAUCUUUGCAAGAUUUGUUGGGAUGAACCUAUGGAAUGCGUAAUUUUAGAAUGCGGCCAUGUAGCAUGUUGUCUCAAUUGUGGCAAGCAAAUGUCUGAAUGCCCAAUUUGUAAACAAUAUGUAGUACGGGUGGUACGAUUUUUCAAAGUUUAAUGAUAAUACGAGGAUACAAGAAGCUGUUACGCAAUCAGUAUUUCAAGCGAGAAAUCAAAAGAAAAAAAAUAUACAUGUCGAAUUCAGUAACCUCCUCCUUUCCGAAGUCUGUUAAAAAUAAACGUAAUAAGUUUUAAUUUCAUUUUGAACCGAGAUACUUUGAACGAGGAAAAAAAGUAGAAUUGGCAUCUUUUAUUUAAGCUGUAUACUACGGUUUAACUCUUUGGUCUUAGAACGAUCAUAUCUAGUUUUUAAUAUUAAAAUAAGUACAACCGAAUAUUGAUAUCGCCGUUCGAGGUAAGAAGUUCAAUCCAAGAAAAUUACAUUGUGAUGUAUAAUUGUGACACCUAUGCCUUUCAAGAGAAGAUUAAACUCGUUAAUGCAUAACA